CACUACGUCACAUGUAAACCCGAGCGAAGAUGGCGACCGCCGAGGGAGAGUCUUCUGUGCAUAAUGUGUCGGAUGAAUUAUUUCAAAAUUUUUACACUGAGGUGAAGCAGAUUGAGAAGCGAGACUCUGUGUUAACCUCCAAGCAGCAGAUUGACAGACUGCUCAGACCUGGCGCAUCAUACUUCAAUCUCAACCCUUUUGAGGUUCUGCAAAUUGAUCCAGAGGCAACAGAUGAUGAACUGAAGAAAAGGUUUCGGGCGUUGUCCAUUUUGGUCCAUCCAGACAAGAAUCAGGAUGAUCCAGACAGAGCGCAGAAAGCGUUCGAAGCUGUGGACAAGGCAUACAAACUCUUACUGGAUCCAGAGCAGAAGAAGAGAGCCUUAGAUGUGAUUCAUGCAGGAAAGGAAUAUGUGGAGCAUAUGGUAAAAGAGAAAAGGAAACAGCUGAAGAAAGAAGGGAAACCACUGGAUGUGGAGGAAGAUGAUCCUGAAAUGUUCAAGCAAGCCGUGUACAAACAGACCAUGAAGCUGUUUGCAGAGCUGGAAAUCAAGAGGAAGGAGAGGGAAGCAAAGGAAAUGCAUGAAAGGAAAAGGGCGAGAGAAGAAGAAAUCGAGGCAGCAGAGAACGCUAAGCGACAGCGAGAGUGGCAGAAAAACUUUGAGGAAACAAGAGAUGGACGUGUGGACAGCUGGAGGAACUUCCAGGCCAAAGGAAAAAGCAAAGAGAAGAAGAACAGGUCCUUCCUAAAGCCCCCUAAAGUCAAAAUGGAACAGAGGGAAUGAUGUAAAACUGGACUUCACUCAAUUAAAAUCCACUGUUUAAAUGAAAGAAACACUUCUGUGUAUCCUCUCCUUGUUGUCUGCGGUCAUCUGUGUAAUCGUCAUCACAGCCAUCAGCAUUGUGUCGUAGGACAACAUCCCGACCCCGACAGCUGUAGUUUUGUACUUGGCUUUUCUAAUGUACAUAUUUGUGAUCUGGAGCUGGAGAUCAUACCUGCCCCGGUUAAUAAAGAAAUGAUGCAUCUUCCAUUCAUGUGACAGAGGGUGGAAGCAUGGUUUGCUGUCAUUUGCUUUCUUGUUCUCCUUGUUUUGUUUUUUUAAUAAAUCUUUGUCUUAACAAGCCUA